AGAAUCACGCAAAGGAAAAAUGUUGUUCAAGUUCACAUCGCCCACAGCUCUAAUUAAAUUGUUGGAAGCAACACAACUUGUUAUUAGUACAGACGCUUACAGUAAUCAAAAGCGCCAUAUAAACACGUACAUCAAUAAUUGUACCGGUUUUUCUCAGCAUGCCAAACGAGCUGCAAACCAAACGUCACAUCGUGAAAAAGCAUAAUUGUUGAAAAGUAUAGGCAACAAAAAUUAUCCGGCAACAAGGCUUAUCUCUUAUAAAGAGUAAAUCAAACAAUUGCGGUAGAUUAGGUGCAUCAAAGGAAAUCGAUCUAGGCAGAUUCCGCGUAGCCGAUUAGCAAGCGUACUUGCGCUUUGGUGAAACGCCGGUGGCUGCACUUGUUGUGUUUGUGUGUGUGAGCGCGCGGAAAAUUGCUUGGCGCUAUAUGUUGUGCUAGAGGGUAGAAGGUGAACCAAGGUUCUGGACUAUAAAAUAGCCUACUGGUGUACUGUGUUCCAAAUGGCUUCGACGGUUAAGAAGGCGAAGAAAUCGGCCGAAGCUUUGGUCGAUGAGUCGGAGGCACUGGAAUUGGUGGACGGUUGCCAGAAUGCGAUCGAUGCAUUGAAUGAGCAGGCAAGCGAGGAAAUUCUGAAGGUGGAACAGAAGUACAAUGAGCUGCGGAAGCCGCACUAUCAGCGGCGCAAUGAGUACAUCAAGCGUGUUUCCAAUUUUUGGAUCGUGGCUAUUAUGAAUCAUCCACAAAUAUCCUGCAUUUUGGAGCAGGAGGAAGAGGAUUGCCUUCAGUACCUCGAGAAGCUAGAGGUGGAUGAGUUCGAAGAUAUCAAGAGUGGGUAUCGAAUUCUGUUCCAUUUUGAAGAAAAUCCAUUCUUCGACAAUACUGUUCUGACGAAGGAGUUUAAGCUGGGCUCGAAUGGAGAAAGUCCAUCUUCGACGAGCACUACGAUCAAAUGGAAACCGGAUCACGAUCUUACCAAAAUGCUGCCAAAGAAGAUGGAUAGCAACCGACGAAAGCGCGGGCUGGAGAAUCGAACCUUUUUCGAUUGGUUCACAGAUAAUAAUGAUCCCAUCAAUGACGACAUUGCCGAACUGAUCAAGGACGAUCUGUGGCCGAAUCCGUUGCAAUAUUAUCUGGUACCGGAUAUCGAAGUUGAACCGGAAGACGACGAAGAUGGUGAAGGGGGCGAAGAGUUCGGCGAAGAGGGUGACGAGGAAGAGGUCGACGAGGUGGAAGAAGAGGAGGAAAAGGCCUAGACACAUUGGCAACAAGUCUGAUGCAAGAUGUUACAAUUUUUUAUUUAAGAGCAGCAAGACAUAAUUCCUGAUAUCGCUGGAAACAAAUCAAAUCAUUUUAUUAUACACACUGUUCUUUUAUGUACGAAGCAAGUUUAGUAAUUAGUGGAUGUGGCAGGACAGAAACAACUUCAAAUUGAAAUUCCAUAACCCUACUAGAGUAACAUUAUUUAUGCUCAGUAUUUUAAGCAGACAGUAAGCAUCUGGACGCUAUGGUCAGUAUAAUGCAGACGUUCCAUUGUUUCUCUUUGUUGUGCUGUCGAUCUGCACCUCUAGUUGGGUCAGUGGUGUUCUAGAAUUAAACCGUACAAGACAAGAAAAUAAUUGUAGCAUUCUUUGUACUUGGGAAUGGUCCUUUCCUUAGUGAUUUCCCUUAUCACGUGCUAAAUAUAUUGUCUUUGAUGGAAUCAAAAAAGAAAA